GAAUCAUGCUUGGGGUGUGAUGUGUAGUAAUGUCUUAGUUUGUGAAGAGUAAACUGAAGUAAACUUUUGUCAGCAUUAACGAAAAAAAUAUUCUUAAGUUUGUGAAUUAUGAGACUGUGUUAUAAAAGAUAUUGUUGGAUUCAUUAAUUUUCGUUCAAAUGGAAGCCAUCCAAACAGAUACUAUCUUAAAUAUGGAAGAGUAUAAUUUUAAUGCGCCUAUUAAUGUAAAGAUAAUUUAUGAUGACGAUGAAGAAACAAGUGAAGGCAUAAUGACGCAGAACAAAAAUGCCCAAGUUGAAAGAAGGCAAUGGGGAAAUAUGUCAUAUACUACUGUAGGAAGUAAUUUAGGUGAACAAGCGCAAGUAGAAGCAUUUAAAGGAAUCAAUAGUAUUGUUCAUAGUGACACUUUAAAAGUAGUCAUAGAAAACAUGGCUGCUAUUAUAGGGGCUCGAUUCAAGUUCCAACAAGUUUAUAAAACACUAAGCACAGCAGAGGUACAGAGGUUUAAAAGUAAAUAUAUAGAAAUGAAAUAUUUGCUUUUUAAAAGAUCCAUGACGGUAGCAAAAUCAUUACUUUUACCGCAAAAAAGUAAUGAAAUCUUCACCGAGACUAUUGUAGUGGAAAUUUUACAGAAAGCAAAGGUAAAUAAUAACAUGUAUUCUAUUGUUAGAUUGCUUUAUACUGAUUUAAUAGCAUGGACAGAAGCUCAAUUAGGAAGAGAGGAAAAAGACGUUGAAGCACCAAAAAACCUAGGAUUGGAUAUGAUGCAAUCAAAUUUAAAUUCUGGUCUUAGAAAAAGAAGUCAUACAUCCACUGAAGAUACAAAUGCUUUAAGAGAAAUGCUUAGAAAAAAAAUUUGCCAAAUUGAAACACAAAGCACCGAAGGAGGAAAUAGCUGUCCUUCAUUUGUCAGUAAUCUUAGUAGUAUGGUAUAUUCUCCACCAAAUUUGACAACAUACCACAAUCCUCAUGAAAAUUAUUUGAAUGAAAUCAACGGUUUAAAUCCUCUAAGUAUGCAAGAACAACAAUAUUAUUUAAGUAUCAGAGGUCAUUCAACAAUUGAGUAUCAAAAAACGAUGCAAACAAAUAUUUCACAAAGUUCAGUAGAUAAUUCUUCACAUUUAGAAAAAAAUAGAUACGACGGUCAAGAUGUAUCUCGAAGUUCCAUUUCAAGAGAUAGCGGCUUUACGAGUCCGGAUAUAUUAUUUUCUCCACAAGAAUCAACGAACACAAAUUACCAAGAUCCAUCACCUUGGCCGACGUCCACAUCAACACAAAACACGCCAAUACCAAACAUUUCAAGUAACAGGAGAGUAGGUUGGUGCCAAGUAUGCGGAAAACAAACGGAUCUACUAUGCUUGGGUUGUUUUAAAUAUUUCUAUUGCAGCUUCGUGUGUCAGAAUAUACAUUGGACUACCCACAGAUUAAGGUGCCAAAACAGUCCCACAAGUAACGCUCUCGCUUCCAACUAUGAAAACAUUAGAUGAUUUACUUUAAAAUUCAUUGUUUUUGGGUUAGAGUUUAUA